UAUGUAUGUUUAUGUGUAAAUCUGUCACUCAUCAUAUCUGACUAGAUCUGACUUCUACAGAAAGUUUGAAUCCAAUAAUUAGUUAUAAUAUAAUGCUAUUAUUAAUUUAAAAAGCAAAAAUUCAACCAAUAUUUUAUUUAAUGCUAGAUCCGAUUAACCUAUAUUUGUAGCAACAUAACUCUAUGGAUUAUCCAUAACACGCACGUGGUUUCACUCAAGUCACAGUCAUCGAGCGAUUGUUAUUAUUGUAUGCUUUCUCGAUUCCCCAUUAUUCUAUAGUGACUUAUUGUCUGCGAUAUCACCUCGGUGGAAGCGGACGUACAAUACAACUAACUAACAACAUGUCAGGUCGAUUUGCGCUCAUGUUGUCAAAUUGUUCCGGUUCGAUGAAUUUCGAGAAAUGUUUUUGGAGCAAUGUUUUUUUUAGAAAUGUUUUGCAAGGUUUGUAUUUGGAAAUUUGUUGUUGAAAUGUAAAUGUGGGCUAAUAUUUUGAUCUUCUAAAAUAAGUGUUAUCUUAAUAUAACUAAAAUUAAAUUAAACCAAAAUACAAAUCUUUCAUGGCAAAUGUCUGACUUGUUAAACAAAUAUUGAUUUUAAGAUACAAAUGUUAAUUUUAAUGUACAAAUGUCGGAGUACGACAACAAAUAGAGAAUUAAAGACUAUGAAUUAAGAACACUGAAUAAAGAGCCAUUUGGUCUUCCAUACCUACUGGAACUCUUUCGUCCCGCAAACAAUACGACUAUCAUGACAAAAUUAACAAUAUAAGUCAUUGCCUGCGUACAUUUGGGUCAGGGCGUGUGAUGUUGUUUUGUUUUUUGCAGCUGAAUCGGUUGUUUGGGUGACUACUGGUAAAAGUGAACCGGUUGUUUUAGCUGGCUGCAAUACUCAACUGGAUUGCGACUUACAUGUUGAAAAGUAUAACGUCUCUCUGUUAAAGGUUAAUGGAUUCACGGAAAAUGGACUGGAUAAAACGGACAGGUAUGAAAUACAGAAGACUGCAACCAUACAAGGACAGCACAUUACUCUGAAUAUAACAAAUGUGACAUUACAAGAUGCUGGUAUAUAUAGAUGUAAAGUAGAUUUGACAGACCACUCUAAAGACAUUAACCUCACCGUUAUUGAUUUCCAGUGGAAGAGUAAUAUGGCGACUAUGAAGGUUCGCGUGGCAAAUAAUAUAACGAUGCAAUGGGAAUAUGUAUCCAAGGCUGAGUUUGAAUAUAUUUUUUUAUUUAGAAAAUCCAUGGAAGAUGACAACAGACGGGGUCUUGUUAAGUGGGAGUAUGGCAUUGAAGCAGAAAGAUGGAAGGAUGACAGAAUGGACCUUCGUUUGAUUACCAAUAACUCAACAAAAAUUAUAUUUAACUUACGCACCUUAGUAGAGGAUGACUUGAAAUAUAAAUACCACUUACAGUUAAAAUACAGUGAUACCUGUAUCAUAUCUCACAAACCAGUUAGUUUACAAGAAGACAUUGAAUUUCAAUGGUUAUCUACAGUGGAUCGAAUGACGUCUACUGUUAGCAAGAAUGUAACGUUGCUGUGGAAAUACGAGAGUAUCAAGUUGGCAAACCAAAUCAUAUUCUACAAAUUCAACACACUAACGGGACAGAACCGAGAAAUAGCCCUAUGGACAAAGGGUGGGGCAUUUAGACAGUCUCCCAGACAAGCAACUGCAUUACAAUUUAAUAAACUCCCCAUUGGAAAUACAUCAGGGGAGAUAAUUAGGCUGACAUUCAUUAAACCAAUCGAUGGAGAUUUUGAUGUAAUCUACAAAAGUAAAAUUUUCUGUGGAGUUGCAUUUACCAGUGUGAAGGGAAUUGAAUUGAGGGCACAGAGACCAUCAAUAUAUAGUGAAGUGGGUGAAAUUGAAGGUCGACUGGGAGACGAUAUUAGAUUUGUAUGGUAUUAUGAAUAUAAAUAUGGAAUAGAUACCAUUAUAAUAACUCGCAACGACAAAGUUAACCACGAGAUUAUGGCAAUAGGUCACUGGCACAAGGAUACAUUUCUGCCAAACAAAGGUGUUAAUGGAAACAGACUGAUGUUUAUCAAAACAGAAACCAAAAUAACAAAUGGUGUAGAGGGGCAGAUAACACUAGUAUUACACAAUACAACACUGGUUGACUUUAGAUAUAACUACAUAUGCCGUAUUACCUUUAUUGAUGCACAGACAAUUUCAGAUCGUAUCAAGAUUCAUCAAACACCAUUAAUCUAUAGUGAUGUCGGUGAAAUUAGAGGUCAACCUCAAGAAGAUAUUCAGUUUGUAUGGUAUUAUGAGUAUGGCUUGCCAGUAGACACUAUCAUAUUUACUCGUUAUAACACAAAUACAAAGCCGGGUGCCGUUGGUAGUUGGAACAAGGGUGUGUUUUCACCAAAGCCAUCGGAUGUAAUAGAUCGGCUGAGAUUUAAUGUAACAAAGCUUGGUGGUAUCAAAGGAAAGAUAACUCUGUCUUUACUCAAAACAACACACGAAGAUUAUAACUUUACCUAUAUCUGCAAGAUUACCUUUGAAGACGGAAAAUCUAGUUCGAGUCAUGGGAUGCCGCUUUACGAGAAAGAACCCCCUGUUGUUGAAAUGUCCAUAAGAGAAAGUCACCCAAGAUAUUUAUUUGCUUUAAUCGGGAUUGUUGUAGUUGUGGUUGUUAUCGUAGCUGUAACUGUAGUCAUUUAUAUACGGUAUCGAAGAAGAAAAGCAAAACAUGCAAAGAAAGGGCACCGAGAUAUAAAUUUUAAUACAGCCCAAUCAGGGAAAGAUUACCCGUACAUGAAGUACAGCGAUUAUAAAGUAUGGAGGAAAAACAAUAAUGUGUUGAGUCAGUAUGUUAUGGAUCAUUUUAAUGACGUAAAGACUGGACUGUUACGAACAAAUCUUGUUACUGCUGAUAGCCUUAAGGAUUUGGCCAAGGACAACCCAUUUAACGAUGCAAAUAAACUUGUAGACUUGUUAACGGAACGUGGAGAAAAUGCUAUGUCUAUAAUAGUAGAAACCUUCAAAGAGUUUGAUGGACUGCAAGAAAUUGCAGUCAAGCUAGACAAAGACUUGUCUAAAGAUGAAAGAAUGAAAGAUGAAGACUACACACUAUGGACGAAAAAUUACCCAACGCUGGUUUUAAAUGUUAUGGACGCCCUUCCAAAACUAACAAAUGAACUUUCUAAAAGAGAGAUUAUUGAUGACAUGGAUAUGAAGGACUUUGGUAUACAUAGAGCUGUAGGUAAACGUACAGGUGCAAUCAAGCUUCUAAACAUUUUAAGUCAGCGAGGAAAGAAUAUCCUACCAGAUAUAAACGAAGCGUUAGAAGCUUGUGGAAUACCUAAAGUAGUGAAAUCUAAAUCAGGUACAUCGCAAACUACAUCGAUGAAACACAGGCACUAUAUGGUAUGGGCGAAAAAUGAAAAAGAAUUCAUGGUAGCUGCCAGAGAGAAAAUUGAUAUUUUAACAACUAAACUGGUUGAAGGAAAUAUUAUUAAUGUCGAUGAUGAAAGUGAAAUUACUUUGGGUAAAAAGAUAAGCGGGUGGAAUAGUGUGUGUAUACUUGUAAAGAUUCUCGUUGAACGUGGUGAAGAUGUCCUUCUGGAUAUUAUUAAUGUACUCAAGUCGAUGACAAACCAUGGGUUUAGUGACGUAACACAGAAACUAGAAACUGAUUUAUCCCGUAUCGGACGAAUGAAAGAUGACCACUACCGGGUGUGGCAAGACAAUGGCACCUUUGUAGUGAAAGACACGCAGUUCAUUCUGACAAAUGUAAUUAAAAAAUUACUGGAAAGACAAAUACUAGAAAAUGUUGAUUUACAAGAGAUAGAAUUACAUCAAAGCAUUAGUAGACGAGCAGGUGCUAUUAAAUUGGUAAAUAUUUUAAGUGAACGAGGGGAAGAUGUUUUACCAAAUAUAAUAGAAGCUCUUCGAUCUGGUGGAUUUGUAACGGUUGCACAGAAACUUGAAUCAGAUCUAUCCCGUUUCGAAAGAAUGAAUAACUGGCAUUAUCUGGUAUGGCAGGCGAAUAAUGGUUAUCUGCGGGAAGGUUUAAAACCACAUUUGGACACUUUAAAAGAAAAAUUUAGAUCCUCUAAUAUAUUGGACGUUCAUGAUUUGAAGACAAUUGAGAAAGCUGAAAAAGAUAACAAGUCUGGUGGGUCAGCAAAACUGGUGGAAAUGUUGGGCGGCCGAGGCAAAAAUGUCCUUUCAGCCAUAAUCAUGGUCUUAGAGCAAUAUAUGCCGGAAAUAGCCGAAAAACUAAAAUCAGAUCUUUCGAGAUUUGAACGACUGAAUUAUCCUCACUAUAAAAUAUGGGAAGACAAUCGGAAAAGCAUAAUAAAAAGUGUCGAAAAGAAUAUUUUUCAGUUGAUAGAUAAGUUGCAUGCUGAAAAGAUUCUAGUUGACAAGGAUAAAGAUGACCUUCAAAACGGCACGUGUAAAGAACGAUCAACUGAACUGGUAAACCGGUUGAGAUUUCGUGGCAAGGAUUCACUACCACGUAUAAUAAAAGUGAUGAAUGCCUGUGAUCUGAAAGAAGUAGCCAACAAAUUGGAAUCAGAUUUGUCGCGAUUCGAACAAAUGGAUGAACUCCAUCAUGUGAUAUGGGAAUAUAAUAAAACGUUCUUGAUCGACAAUAUCAAAGAUAAGUUGCCUGAGAUAACGGAAGAGCUGUUGUUGAUAAAGAUUAUAGAUAAGGACGACCGUGAGAUAAUUACCAAGGGUAACAACGACGAAGGUGCUAGAGAACUGUUUGAUUUGUUGAGUUACCGUGGUAAAGAUAUCCUAUUAACAAUAAUAGACGUACUGAGGAGAGUUGAUCUUGGUCAGGUAGCAGAUAAACUAAUAAAAGAUUUGUUGCGAUUCGAACAGAUGGAGGAACGGCAUCAGGUGAUAUUGGAAAAUAAUAAAACGUUCGUGAUCGAGAAUAUCAAAGAAAAGUUUUCGAAGAUAACGACCGCGCUGUUGGAAAUGAAGAUUAUAGAUAUGAACACAACAGUUCUAUGGAUAACAAUUACUAUAUUUAAUUAAAGCUACGUUUCAACAAUGAUUCUCUUGUCGUUAUCAAGUUUUAAUGUGUUCAAUUACUAAAUGCCAUUCAAACAGUAUUAUAGAUAUGGACGAUCGUGAUAUAAUUACCAAGGUUAACAGCGAGGAAGGUGCUAGAGAACUGUUUGAUUUCUUGCGUUACCGUGGUAAAGAUGUCCUAUUAACAAUAAUAUACAUAUUGAGAAGAGUUGGUCUUGGUCAGGUAUCAAACAAACUUGACAAAGAUGUAAAUCUCGAAGAAGAACCCAAAGACACAGAUAACCUCCUGCAACAAGAAACAACAUCCGUCUAAAUUAAAGACUUCAUGACGAUAUCAUUGCUAGAUUGUUUAAACGCUAUAAAAUUUAAGUACAAAGGGAAAUGGUAUCCAAAAUAUAACAGUGAAUCACGAUGAGAUCAAUGAAGAUUUAUCCUGAAUGUGAAACAUUCUCUUUAACCACACCCAUUGAUUUUAUCAGUCUAAAGAGAAUUGGUAUUAUCACUCUCAAUACAUGUUUUUAUUGUACUAAUUACCUACCAUUAGGAUUAAAGAAUUAUAUUAUUUUAAUCUGUAAGGUUAGAUUAUUUUUAUACACUUUUAAUUAUAUACUUUGCAUUAUAAUAUUAAUUAUAAUAUUUCUAGUUGACACUUCUAUAUGUGGUUUGAUGGUCUGGUCAAGACAUUAAGUGAAACAUCGAAACUAUACCACGUGUUCAUUUCACACGAUUCAAAAAUAUCCUAGGAUAAUAUAAUGUACGAUUUGACAUAGUCAUACGUCAACAUCAAAGGAUGACGCCACAUAUCUAUUUUAAAGUGGUUAAAUUUCCACAAUUUAUAUAUUCCAUUUAGUAUUGCUUCUUUAUAUAUUCCAAUUAUUAUUGCGAUUGAAUUGUUUUAUUUCAUUGGGUUGUCAUGUUGGACUUAUUAUAACAUGUUUAUUUUAGUACAUUAUAUCUGUUGUUGUUUUGAAUAAUACAGUGUAUGCCAUUUAUCUCAUUUUAUUACUUUAAUGUUGAUUAUAUCCAUUACAGCUCUGUCCGAAAUUGCAACAAGAUUAUCGCCCUUAUUGUUUAGAAAUGUUUCGUUCAGCAGCCGACCACCGUCAGGACCCCUCGCAUGAUUAACAUUAAAAGAGGAUGUGUUCCCUUUGCAGUGAAGCCUGAAUCAUUGCAGACCCUGGAUUUGAUAUUACGUUUAGCUUACAACGUUGUGUUCUGGUUUUGUUUGGUUCGGGUUGGUUUCUAUACAUGUAACACAAACAUUUUAAACAGUAAUGCACUGUACAAUUCUAAAAUUUAUUUGUUGACGACAAACACGUGUAUCUAAAUUAGUGUUGAAUAGUUAUGAGGUUAGGUAUGUGUUCUAAAUAAUGGCUAUUGUAUAAUGGGAUGGGUCUGACUUGGCUACCAUGAUGUUAGGGCUUGUUCGCAUACUAUGUCGCGGUUUGUGCUCAUAUUAUUUUAGAUUUGUUAUAUCAUGUGGCGGUUUGUGCUCAUAUUAUUUUAAAUUUGUUAUUUUAUGUCGCGGUUUGUGUUCAUAUUAUUUUAAAUGAAUUUUGUUAUGAAUUAUUGUAAACUAAUGCUUAGAAUGAUGCUUAAAAUAAACAACUUAUUAUUGAA